UCCCCCCCCAAACCCCCAGCAAUGCCCCGCGGGUACCGCACGUCCCCCCUCGGCUCCCUGUCCAUCCCCGGCCCCCUUUACUCCGUGCACGUCCUCCGCGUGGGCUACAACCGGCCGAACGCCGACGGCUCGUGCCGCGCCGACGGCUCCGUGGCGCUGGUCCUGGGCGGCCCGCUGACCGUGCUGGUGGACACGGGCGGCCCGUGGCUCCGGCCGCUGCUGCCCGGCCUGCUGGGCGCCCACGGCGUCGCCGCCGAGGACGUGACGCACGUCGUGGUCACGCACGGGCACUCGGACCACGCGGGCAACGUGAACCUGUUCCCGCGAGCCACGCUGCUG